GCCGGACUUUAACAUGUUGGGGGCAUUUAGGUAACAGGCGUUGUUACUCAAAUUAUAAAUGUGUAUAUAUAUUUAACUUUUUAUGUGGAGGAUAAGAUGGGUUUAUUGCGACACGUUGUCUGCGCCAUGUCCGGAGGUGUCGACAGCUCCGUGGCGGCGCUGAUUCUGAAGAAACGAGGUUACAAAGUGACUGGAGUGUACAUGAAGAACUGGGACUCCCUGGAUGAGAUUGGGGUCUGCACCUCAGAGAAGGACUGUGAAGACGCCUAUAGAGUGUGUCGGAUCCUGGACAUCCCCUUUCAUCAGGUGUCUUUUGUCAAAGAAUACUGGCAUCAUGUUUUCAGUUAUCUGUUGAAAGAGUAUGAGGAGGGAAGGACUGCAAACCCUGAUGUUCUGUGCAAUAAACACAUUAAAUUUGACCAUUUCUACACACAUGCUUUCAACACUCUGGGUGCCGAUGCCGUAGCAACGGGUCACUACGCUCGGACAUCCCAGGAAGACGAAGAGGUUUUCCAGCAGUCGUACUCGCCGCCGUCCACCUCGCUGAACGGAGACCGGUUUGAGAUCAGAAACCCUGUGAAGCUCUACAGAGCAGCCGAUCUGGUGAAAAGCCAGACCCUCUUCCUGAGCCAGAUCCACCAGAACGCCCUCCGAAAGACCCUGUUCCCGCUCGCCGGACUCACCAAAGACUUUGUGAAGAAGAUGGCCGCCGAGGCCGGCUUUCACCACGUGCUGAUGAAGAAAGAGAGCAUGGGCAUCUGCUUCAUCGGAUUGAGGAAGUUUGAAAGCUUCAUCCUGGAGUAUCUGGAGCCCAAACCUGGGAAGUUCAUUUCCAUCGAGGACGGGAGAGUGAUGGGAUCUCACAAAGGUUGGUUCACCUAUACAUUGGGUCAGAGGGCGCGGAUACAAGGGCAGAAGGACACCUGGUUCGUGGUGGACAAAGACAUUGCUACUGGAGAUGUGUUGGUG